AUGGACGACGACGGCGGCGCGUCCCCGGAUCACUACGGCGGCGGAGGAGGAAGCACAACCUUCGUCUGCGAGAUGUGCGGAGACACGGGAGUAUUCAGCCCCGAUGACGACGAAGAUGACGGCUACUUCACAUGCCGCGAGUGCAAUUUUGUCAACACCUCCACCCAGGCGCUCGUCUCCGACCCCGGCGAUAUCCAACGCAACCGGCCCUCCAUCCGAGUUCCCAACAAAUCCACCAAAACUCCCAAAUCCCUGAACGCUGACAACACCCAGCGCGCCCCUGCUGCGCGUGCCUUCGAUGAACCCGACGAGCCGCGCGACUUUGUGCCCGGCGCCGCCGACGCUUGGGGCGGCAAGCUGGAGGAGCUGGGGACUCGGAUCCGGCAGCGCUACGUGGAGGGGCUGCAGGUGAUCCUGCAGCAGCAGCUGCAGGCGCUGGUCGAGAGGCACCGGGCGGGCGCGCUCAUCUGCGGCGUGGCUGGAACCAUCUGGGUGCGCUGGGUGGCUGCCUCCAAGGUGUUCGGCGAAAUGUGGGCGCGAAAGCUGAUCGUCGAGGACGAGGCUGCGCGGGGACUGAAGCGGCGUUCUUCCAGCCAACAGAAACCUCCGGAGGUGAUGUGCGAAUGGGCGGACGAAGCCCUGAUACGAAAAGACAGGCGAAGGGUCGAGUUCAUCUUCCUGCGCUCGUUGAGGAUGAUGCUGCCGGUGUACUCGACAUUGUCCGUAUGCUUCCUGGCCUGUCAUGUUGCCCGGGAAGCAAUCCUGCCGACCGACAUUUACAGGUGGGCAAUGGAGGGUAAGCUUCCUUAUGUGGCAGCGUUUACCCAAGUGGACAAACUUCUUGGGACCCCUGUAAAGCACUGCCCUUUGAGUGCGAGACAGCUAUUCAGGCCGGUCCGAGUGAUUGGAGCAUGGCAACUGGAAGCUACAGCUGGGUCCAUAGCGCGAAGGAUAGGCUUACGGCUUCCUUCGGUUAAUUUCUAUGCUAUUGCUCAGCGCUACUUGAGCGAGUUGUCUCUGCCGAUUGGAAGAAUCCUCCCUCAGGCUUGCCGUAUCUAUGAGUGGGCGAUGCCUGCAGAUCUGUGGCUGUCUAGUAAUCCAGCUAGGCUCCCUACACGGGUGUGUGUAAUGGCUAUACUAAUAUUGGCUCUGAGAGUUCAGUAUAACAUCAAUGGUCAAGGGAUAUGGGAGGUGAGUAUUCCAGAUAGGGUAACUGAGAUUUCAGCAAGCAAUGAUACAAACUUACCACCACCUAUGAAGUCUGAUGGCAGCACGAGUGAGGAGUUCGGCACAAGAGAAUUGCUAUGCACUCUUGCAGAUGCCUAUGAUAAAAUUGACGUCGCACAUGAUUAUUCGAAGGACCUUCACUCUUAUCUCAAAUACUGCAAAGAUGUUGUAUUUCCUGGGAUUGCAUGUUCAGAUAAAGAGAAGCACGUGAUAGAGGACUUCCAGGAAAUGUACAAAGGACAAGAGGACAAAAACCCCAAGGUGCGCAUGGAGGAAACACGCUCCACAAACGGAGUGAAGAAACGAGGCCGGGAUGGAACUUCUGUCAGUGCAAGGUGCUUGCCUACAUCAUCAUCAGGGAUACGAAGUAUCAAUUCAGAAAUGGAAGACCAUGGAUUUUGUUAUAUGCCGCCAAGGAAGCGUCCAAGAUCAGACGGUUAUCUUCACUACAGAAGGAAGACAACAGCUGGCAGCCUUGCUUGCAUCGGACAUGCUGAUUAUUACAUGUUGAUACGCUCAUUUGCCAAGCUUGCGGAAGUUGAUGUCAGGAUUAUGCAUGAUAGCGUGCUGAAACUAGAGAGGAGGCUUGCCUGGAUAGAAGAACGGAUAGGCGUAAGCUUGGAUGCCUUACACAAUCCAGCUAGCUAAGGUAAUGCUACUAUGACAUGACUUAGUUUUACUUUUCAAACGAAGAACGGAUAGGCGGAAGCUCGCAGAAGUCGAUGUUAGGAUGCUCGGUUCUAACUAA